AUGUACGUCGCUUCAUUCUUUACGUUGAUAAACACACCCUGCAGCAAUCUGACUGUGUGCCCAUACAGCAGCCACACUAGAUCCAUUCAUAAUUACACAGAUCUGUCCCAGAUCAGCUCCUCUAUAGAAGAUGUUUUAGAAUCUAAUCCCAGUACUCUCGUCAUCUUUAUUGCUCAUUCGCUCCAGACUCAUAUCAAGCAGGGUCCAGCAGCAUUCGGAUUAGGCUCCUCGAUUUCGGAUACCUGGGAGAUGACCCGAGAUAAGUCUGUUCGAUGGAAGACGACGGAGGAGACUAUGGGCCUAUAUCCAGGCCGAAUGUAA